AUAACCAAAUAAUCAGACAGUUGACAUCCUUCACUUAAGCAUGUUCAUAAUUACUCGUAUGUAGUUUAAGAUGUAUUCUAUUAAAGUUAAGAGUGUUUUCAUUUAAACUAUUUAUAAAUUCGUAUUAUUAUUUUUUGUUUUGUGUGUACGUACGCAUGCAACUUGUUGCACAAAAGUCGUUGAUGCCAUUUUUUGAAAUCGAUUUUCUUUUCAAGAUAUCAUAACACUUGGAUAUUGAGAGUUUCAUUUGGCAAUAAGAACGUAUAGUGGGAUACAUCUCGCACAAUAAUAUAAUCUCGAAAUCAUUUAACGAUUUCAUAUUUCAAUAUUUGAACAUUCAUCAAUUUUUUAGGAUUGUGUGAAAUAGUGAUAUAACCGUAAAAUCAAUAAAGUUACAAUACCAGUUCUUGCAAUGUUAGCUGUAUUUUAUGCAUUUAAAGACAUGUGCUUGUGGUGUAGAGUGUGGACAAAUAACAUGUGACGUGAUGGCGUGUAUUAGCUGUUGCAGUAGUUCGGAAUGAAGAAUAAAGCAAGGAGCGCUACCUAUGAGACGAAGAAAUCUCUAAUACGUACAGUAUAACAUUACCUGUAUUUGUCGUUGAACACGUACGCACUUAAAUGCCACAAGUCGGGACAACGAAUAAAGUAAUCAAUGGCAAUCAAAGAGGCUGUACUUUCUAAUAUGGAAAAAUAUCAAGAUAUUGAAAAUUCUUCUAUAAAAUCUAAAUAUAACUAUGUACUUGAAAAUUCUAAAGUAUUGAUUGUUCCACUUAAUAGAUGUGAUAAGGAUUUACUUAACUUACCCAUAAAAGAGGAAAUCAAAGAUGAAAAAAUACAUAUUAUUGAUGACGACAAUAAGUUAUUGCAAACAGAGAAAAAGGUUAACACUGAAUCAAUGUUGGAAGCAAAGAACUGUGAAAUAAAAACUGAGCGUGAUAUAAUUGAUGAAUAUGAAUACAAAAGUAUAGUUAUUAAAGAUACUGCAUUUAAAGACCAACAAAAAAAUACCAAAAAUGUAGAGUUGAAGUGUCACGAGUGUAAUAAAUAUUUUACUUCCCCCAUAGCUUUAAAAUUUCAUUUAAGAAUUCACAUUGGAGAAAAGUCAUACAUAUGCAAUGUUUGUAACGAUUCAUUUACACAAAAAGGAGGUAUACAGUCGCACAUGAAAAAUCAUGUUGGAAAAAAGUCUUACCAAUGCAAAAUAUGCAAUAUAGCGUUUACUAAAAAAGGUACUUUACUUUUACACAUGAUGACCCAUACUCGGGAGAACCCUUAUUUGUGUAUCGUUUGUGACAAAUCUUUUACUCAAAAAGUGCAAUUGCAAACACAUAUGGUGGAUCAUAUCGGGGAAAGUCCUUACUUAUGCAAUGUUUGUGACAAAUUGUUCUCUCAAAAAUCGCACAUUAAUCAACAUAUGCUGACACAUACACGAGAAAAGCCUUAUUUAUGUGACGUUUGUUCUGAAUCAUUUAAUCUGAAAUUACAACUGCAAUCACACAUGAUAAUUCAUACAGCUGAAGAGCAUUAUUCGUGUGAUGUGUGUAAUAAAUCUUAUUUAUAUAAAUCAUGCCUGAACUUACACAUGAAAAGUCAUAAUACGCAAGUAAUCAUAACUCAAAAAUCAGCAAAUAAUGAAGAAGUAGAACAGAACAAUGAUGCUGUUGAAUCUGUAAAAUCUUCUUAUUCGUGCAAUGUGUGUAACAAAUCAUUUUUGUACAAAUCAUGCUUGAAAUUACAUUUAAGAAUUCACACUGGAGAGAAGCCUCACGUAUGCAAUAUUUGCGAUAAAUCAUUUACUCUUUUAGGAACAUUACAAAAUCACGCAAAAAUUCAUUCCCGUACAAUGACUUAUUUGUGUGAAGUAUGUCAUAAAUCGUUUUCAUGUCGAUCAUACUUGAAAUUACACAUGAAAUUUCAUACUGAAGAAAAAUAUUUUAUGUGUAAUAUUUGUAACAAGUCAUUUUCUCGAAAAUGGUCAAUUCGUAAUCAUAUGAAAAUUCAUAUGAAAACUUCCGAUAGUAUGUGAAAGUUUAUGUUUUGAAUUUGCAUUUCAUUGUAGUUGUUAAAACAAUUUGAAUUAUAAUAUGUAAGAAUUAGAAUUAUUUAAUUUUUUUUUUUUUAUUGUGUAAUCUGGAU